CAGCCUCUUCUCUCAUUUCGUCACACAGGGAAGGCUGCCAGGAUCUUCCAGGCUCUGCUCCUCCGUGCCCCUUCCUUCCAGAGGUAUAAAUAGGAGACAGCAGGGAGGGCAAGCGGUCAGAGCGGAGAUUCUACACACGGGACAAGGAGCUGGGAGCCCAUCGGAGAGAGAACCAUACAGAGUAUAUAUCACCCAAGUACACCUCCAGCAUCCGAUUUUCCAAACAUGAGCUUAUCGCACUCGUGGUUCCUGCCGCUGAGCGUUCUUCUCCUUGUGGAUCAGUGCCAUGGCCUAUUCCUGCCCAACAACACCUUUUUGGAGAACUUUUUAAGCAAAUACAGUAACAGCGACACUCCUCAUUCCCGGAGCAAAAGGGCCAUCUCCAGGUCGGAUAAAGAGGAGAUCCUACAACUGCACAACAAGCUACGAGGGCAGGUUCACCCAUCGGCUUCCAACAUGGAGUUCAUGACAUGGGACGAGGAGCUGGAAAGAUCUUCAGAAGCCUGGGCUCAGGAGUGUAUGUGGGAGCAUGGACCAACCAACCUUCUCAUGUCCAUUGGACAAAACUUGGCAGUACAUUGGGGCAGAUAUCGCUCUCCGGCUUUUCACGUCCAGUCCUGGUAUGAUGAAGUGAAGGACUAUACCUAUCCAUACCCACAUGAAUGCAACCCAUAUUGUCCCGAGAGAUGUUCAGGACCAAUGUGCACCCAUUACACCCAGAUCGUCUGGGCCACGACCACAAAAGUGGGCUGCGCGGUCAACGUUUGCAAAAGGAUGAACGUGUGGGGAGAAAUCUGGGAGAAUGCCGUCUACCUGGUCUGCAACUAUUCCCCAAAGGGUAACUGGAUUGGCGAAGCGCCUUAUAAAACGGGGCGACCUUGCUCCGAGUGCCCACCCAGCUACGGUGGCAACUGCAAGAACAACCUCUGCUACAAAGGUGAAAAACCCGUUGUGGAGACGGAGGAGACAAAUGAGAUCGAAUCGCCUCGCGUUCCUGAAGAAACGCUGAUCUGGGUGCACGAAAAGAUCAACAAACCCAAAGUCGUGCCAAAGACGACGCAGCCAGCCACCGAAAACCAAAUGACUCAAUUCAUCAAGUGUGAGACGAAGAUGAGGGACAAAUGCAAAGGAUCCACCUGCAACAGGUAUCUCUGCCCGCCAGGUUGUGCAAAUAAGAAGGCAAAAGUUUUUGGAACACUUUUCUAUGACAGCAUAUCCAGCCUCUGCCGGGCAGCAAUUCACUACGGGGUCAUUGAUAAUAAUGGCGGUCUGGUGGACAUUACACGGAAGGGCCGUCUGCAGUUUUUCGUUAAGUCCACGAGGAAUGGUGUGGAAUCUUUAAGUAAAUUUAAACCAGCAAAUUCCUUCAUGGUCUCCAAAGUUACUGCACAGACAAUUGACUGUUACUCAACUGUGGCUGAGAUCUGCCCCUUCGAAAAGCCAGCUAAACACUGUCCAAGAUUUUACUGCCCAAGUCACUGUAAGGACGAACCUUCCCACUGGGCACCAGUCAUUGGCUCCAACAUUUAUGCAGAUACCUCCAGCAUCUGCAGGACAGCGGUCCAUGCCGGAGUCAUAAAGGACGAGGGUGGCGGGUACGUGGAUGUCAUGCCCAUGGACAAGAAGAACCAUUAUUUUGGCACCAAUAAAAACGGCAUUCAUUCAGAAAGCAUCAGGAAUCGGAAAGACGGCAAAGCUUUCCGUAUCUUCGCCGUGAAACAGUAACCCGAAAGCCGUGGAAUGUCUACAUGAACUUUGAGAAGACCAAAAACACCUUCCUCUGUCUGCUCUGCAGAAUUGGGUCAAACCACCAUCUCCUCCUCCGCCUCCGAACACCAACCCCGGAAAAAAAAAUUAAAAAAAUAACGCCGCAUUCCACACCGGAAAAACCAGCACACGCCACCGCAGCGCCUGCAACCAGCCGGGCCAGGGUGGAAUUCUCCGAAUUCCAAGACGCUAAGCAGCGGACGUCAGUUCCUGAUACCAUGCCAAAGAACCGACACUGUCCACGGGGGGCCAGAAGAAAAAAAAAAAAA